AUGGAGGUGACGGACGAUGCAAGCCCUGACGUCAUAGAACUAGAUACGGAUAGAUGUGUUGUCGAAUGGCGCGACAAAAGUCUAAUGCCAGAACCAUACGUUGGCGAAGAACGAUCAUCAAAUGAUGAAAUCAGAGCCAUGGAACAGUUUGCACGUGUCUUUGCCGAACGAUAUUCAACUCCGGGACCAGCACUCUAUAUGGGUUCACUUGAUGAGGCUAUCACUCAUUCUUUGUUUGAUCCAAGCACUCCUUGCCCUUUAGUCCUCUAUGUGCAUCAUGAUCAUAGCAUAGCCACAAACAUCUUUUGUGAACAUGUUUUAUGUGCUGAAAAGAUCACAACUUAUCUUGCCGAAAAUUUUAUCGUUUGGGCAUGGGAUCGAACCAAUGAUAUCAAUUAUCAACGGCUCUUGGCUAUGCUACGCUUGCAUGUGGGCGAUAGUGUAGCGGGAUUAGUGGCUUCAUCACCUAUCGAUCUGCAUCCGCUACUCUUAUGUCUCGUGUUUCAAAACGGUCAAAUAGAAGUCGCAAAUACUAUUGAAGGUAACAUGUCUGUCGAUACGGCAUUGAAGCUUCUCAUAAAUGCACGGGACGUGUUUGAUCGACGAAAGGAAGAAGCUGAUCCAACUAAUUUGCAAUUAACUAGUGUUUCUGGCGAAGGUUGGACCAUGUCAGAAAGUCUCUUGAUACCUAUUACUAAGAAUUCUAAAGACUUUCGACAAAUAGCUAGUGAGUUUAUAAAGGAUAACCGGCGUAUUGUUAGUAUCGAUAGAGUCGAAAAUCCAAUGUGGCUUUCUCAAUAUCUCAAUAACAAGGAAACUAUUGACGCUCGGCUCAACGGUAGUGAAAGCGAACGAAUUUUUGUGUUCACUUGUUCACCAUCAACAGCUCAACAGAUCCUUCGAAAAGGAUUUAGUGAUCAACUGAAAAGUAUUCAUGGUCGACAAUAUGGCUAUGGAUUUUAUUUUCCAUCUUUCUCUGGGUUUGAUUCAACGCAAAAUCGUAAACACGCAAUGCUUGUGUGCCGUGUUCUGGUCGGUCGAAGUUGUCUUGGUCAUUGGACAAUGGAAACAUGCCCUUCAGGUUACGACUCAACAACAAACGAAUCAGGCACUUAUGUCGUCUAUUCAAAUCGGCAUAUCUUGCCGAAAUAUCUAAUCAUCUUUACAUAA